CUGGGCAAAUUGAAACUGAUGUACUGUAAUUUCGUUCUCUUCUUUCCUCUCAUGGAGAGCUUUUUGGCAAGCAAUGGCAAAGGCCUGGGAAUGGGUAAGCAGCCUGGAGAGAUAUGCAAGGGACCCAUGGGGCUUGUACUUUCCUAAGUCCAGUAUUUCUCAAGGAGCCCACUGUGGGAAAUAAUUAGCUGGAAUAAAGUGAGCGGGAAGCUGGGAGAAUUGAAGUGAACGUUGUUACCAGGCCAACAUAUCUGUCUGUGGAGUUUUCUGCAUCUUCCAGCCUUGCUCCCUGUCCGUGAUCAUCAUCCCCUCCAGAGAUCUUCCCAGAAUACACUUCACAGCUGCACAUCUGGAAGGUCUGAAUGUAAGCAGUUAUAGAGACUGCCUACACACCCAUAGAUGGAGGGAUGGAAACAAUUAUGGGUGGAGGAAGGGAUUGAUGGGAGAAAUCCUGUUUUUUGCUUUCACGCAUUUGAGAUGACCAGAUAACUACAGUGUACCAAUCUCAUGCUUAGGUUUCUCAGUUUGAAUUGUACAAGCCGUCUAGAAAUAUUCAUACAUAUCUGAUGUGUACUUUUGAUAUUUUUUAUUCAAGGAUGUGAGAUGAUUAAACAACAUAAUGAAGAGAACAUCUAUAAUUGCAGAAAAUGUCUCGACUACAGGAAAGGGGCCUUGACUGGAGAUCUUUGUGAAGACCUGUGUGUGGCACAGAAAUUGAUAUAUACACGCUGCCUUUAUUAUGAAAGAGGUAAGAAAGUCAUCCAGGCUAACUGGAGAGGCCGCCCUGUGAUUCUGAAAUCCAAAAAUGAAAUAUUCUCAAGCUACCACCACCUUGGCUUUCUGGAGGAACUGGAAUCACAAGGUGUCCCAGAGGCCGAAUUGCUUCUGAUGGUUGCUUUGGAAAUCAAGAACGUUCUGGGCUUAGACCUUCCUAAUAACACAAUGGGGCCUUUGUGGACUAAGAGGAAAGGUCCGCACUGGAAAGCACAGCUAGCAAGUAUGUGGUCCUUACUCCAACAAGAAGAAUAUAUUUACUUCAGUGUAUUGCAGGACUUCAGUAAACAUGUCCUGAGGGUCAUUGGCUCUUGCGGCCACUUCUAUGCUGUGGAAUAUCUGACUGCAGGACAUGCCUGGCACAAAACGUUGUUUUCAGUUGAAGAUGCCCUUGGUGCCUCCUUCUCUGGGAUUGGAAAUAGUGCCAAGGCCAUCACUGAAAUUGCAAUCAGCUUUCUGGAUAUGGUGAAACAUUUUGACAAUGAUUUUUCCCAUCGGCUUCAUCUCUGCGACAUCAAACCAGAAAAUUUUGCCAUCCGAAAUGACCUGACGGUGGUUGCUAUUGAUGUAGAUAUGGCUUUUUUUGAACCCAAAAUGAGAGACAUCCUUGAACAGAACUGCACCGGAGACCAAGACUGUAAUUUUUUUGAUUGCUUUUCGAAGUGCGACCUGAGGAGCAGAAAAUGCGGAGCAGAGAGAGCCAAUAAUAACCUUCAAGUUAUCUGCGAUAAAAUAUUUCGGCCCUGGUUUUCACUAAACCUCGGGGGAUCUGCCCUUUCCUUCCCUUUGCAGCUACAGUUACAGAAAGCAGUGCACGAAUGUGCCAAAUCAAGGACUAUGGACAUUGAGUAUCUCCAGAGCCGAUCUCCAGAUUCCCUUUCCCAGUUAUACCAGUUGCUUCAAGCCAGCCAAAAGGAACUUGAGGAAGAUGGCAGCCACUUCAUCAAAUCCACCCAUGACUUACAGUUAUUUGGUGAAAAAUAACUUUCACUUUUGCUCCCUUUUAAUAAUUUUUUUUCGUGUCAGGAGCGACUUCAGAAAUUCCAAGUUGCUUCUGGGGUGAGAGAAUUGGCCAUCUACAAGGACAUUGCCCAGGGGAUGCCCGGAUGUUUUUGAUGUUUUUACCAUCCCUAUGGAAGGCUUUUCUCAUGUCCCCGCAUGGAGCUGGAGCUGAUAGAGGGAGCUCACUUGCACUCUCCUCAGGUUGGAUUCGAACCAGCAACCUUCAGGUCAGCGACCCAGCCUUCAAGUCCUCAGUCCUGCCAGCACAAGGGUUUAACCCACUGUGCCACUGGGUGCUCCUUAAAUUCAAUUAAUUUCUACUUAUUGGCUUUUUACUGGGCUUUGGAAAUCAUGAUUGAAAAUACAGUGUGUUUAUUAUUUAUACUCUCUGAAAUGUGAAAUCGUUUUCCUUGGACUCCAUUUUUGCUUUGCUCCCGAACACAUGCUGUUUCCUCUGUUGAUAUUUUGCAUUAUAUUGUUCAUCCAGCAAGUAUCAGCAGAACCUGCUUAAGUUAAUACUUGACCCAAGGACGGGAAAACAUUGAAAUUUCAAAUGUGCUUUGGAGGUGAGGGAAAAAACUGCUUUGAGGAUUAAUUCUGUCUUUGAAAUAAGGGCAUGAGGUGAACAACUAAAUGGGUGUUAGUCAAUUAUUCUACAUAAUUCCCAAUGAACAGUAAUAAAGUUAAGCCCCAUCUACUCUGUCACAUAAUCCAGUUUAAUGCAGAUAAUCUGCAUUCAGAAGGUGGAUUAUAUGGUCAGUGUAGAUGGGGCCUGAGUUUAUAUUUGAAUGAAGGACAAUUGUCCAAGAAGUUUGUCCAUGUUGUAUCUUUGCUGGCUCUCUGUAACUACAACUCAAAAAGCUCAGGCUAAGCCUCUUUUAGUACUACUUUCAGUGGUGGAAGUGAAGAAGAACACAAACCAUUGAGUAGGUCAUGGGAUCUGUUUUUUUAAAGUUCCAUAGAGAUUAUGGAAAAGUUAAUUUUUUUUUUACGGCAGCUCUUGGACUUUUCCAGCUAGUGUAGCCAUUGUGGAAGUUACAGCUUGAAAAAUCGUGUUUUAAUGAUGCUGCAACUCAGUAUAGACUAAGAAAAUCCACUCUUGUAGAAGGACUUGGAAUUCAGGACCAAGAGGUAUCUUAGACAUGACUUGAAGUCUUGUCCUGAUUGCAUUUGUUUUAUCACCUAAACAAAGGGCAUAUCCUGGGGAAGGGAUGUGGGGAGAAAGGUGUCGGUAGAGUGAGUGAUUUGUUGUUUUGGUUCUCAUUUUUUAAAACAAAAACAAAAUCUAAACAAAUAUUUUGUUGUUCCUGACUACUUUCUUGAAGGCACCAGAUCCUGCCUAAGCUUGGAACUGCUUGGAUGAGAGACUCUUGAUGACUACCAGGUUCUGUGAGCUAUAUUGCAGAGGAAGAAAUUGGCAAAACCAUAUCUGGAUAUAACUUACCUUAAAAUGUAUUAAAUGUAUGGAGUCAUCAUAAAGAGGCAGGCGACUUGAAGGCACAUACACACCUUCUCUCUCAGUAAAAAGUUAGCCCUUCAAACACCAUCACAGUAAGAUAAUAGAUAACAACAACAAAACACAUUUCAAAGAUUUCAUAUCCCUACUGGAGCCUCCGAUGGCCAAGGGGAUAAAAGCCUUGUGACUUGAAGGUUGGGUUGCUGACCUGAAGGCUGCCAGGUUCGAAUCCCACCCGGGGAGAACGUGGAUGAGCUCCCUCUAUCAGCUCCAGCUCCAUGCGGGGACAUGAGAGAAGCCUCCCACAAGGAUGGUAAAAACAUCAAAACAUCCGGGCGUCCCUGGGCAACGUCCUUGCAGACGGCAAAUUCUCUCACUCCAGAAGCAACUCCGGUUGCUCCUGACACGAAAAAAAAAAUAUCCCUACUAUAGAUCCUUAGUUGGAGUUAUCUGUACAAUAUUCCACAUGGAGAGCAGAGGAAACUCUUGUGUUUGAACUGAAUGUGGAAUUCUCAGAGACUUGGAAAUGUGGGCUAAUUCUCUCAAAGUUCCCGGGUCAAUUUGACUGCUCAUCAUGUUGGCUACAGGCUUUAGGGAGUUGUAGUUCCUCAAAAAGAACAUUUGUAAGCUUUGUGUGCAGAGGAGUGAAAUCAGUGUGUUUCAUGUUUAAAAUUUGCCCUUGCCAAACCUACAAAAGCACAAUUCUAAGCAUAUUUGAAGUUAAUUUUGAUCUUUAUUAGUGAUUGGAUAUAAAUAUAAAUGGACACUGGAUUAUUGUGUAAAAAGUUACAUUUCAAUAUACUGUAGCCUAAAAAGGUACUGUUGUCGUGUUUUUUGUUAUUGUCUGAAAAGAUGUUAUAGAGCCAUUAAAAUAAAUAAAUAAAAGGA